AUGUCUGCCGAUGACCCGUUCUCCUUUCUGCCCGCGGAGCAGGCCAAACCCGCGAAAAAGACUCAUUGGAAAACUAAAUUGUUCUCCAAAGAUAAGAAUAAAGCUGCGCCGCAUCAAAAUCAAGAAAUCGCAGACUUCCUGAGCUCUCGCACCCCAGAAUCGAUCCCAGCUCCCCCGCCUAUCGACCCGAGGUACAUUCCUCCGCAAAACGUUGCCCAUCCCUUUCCUUCCUCACAAGACAUCUCCGGAUACCCACCCUCCAAGCCAGUGCCAGCACCAGCGCCAGCCUUGCCUCGUGAGAACUAUGCCCCUUACAAUCCCUCCGACCAAUCUUCUACGGUACCCCCAACUCCUCCCUCUGUUAAGCCCGGUGGUCGCAAAGGCAAAGGGCUACGGGUGGGGUUCAGCCCACAAACCCCAGAAGUGAUUGGCGAAGGAGGUGACGAGACGGAAUCGCCCACAAUUGAGAUCUCGCGGGCUCGUGAAAGGUCGGACAGUAGGGGAACCCAGUCUGGCAGUAUCCCCCUCUCGGACCCUUCGCGAUUGCAUCUGCCAAAUCUCCGACUUGACACAUCACUGGGCGAUGACGAUGCGCGAUCUCAACAGGCGGCUUAUUCGCCUCAGCGUAAUAUAUCGGACUGGAAACCCCCAUUGAUACAAAAUACACAGGAUGCAGACUUCCUGAGGACGAUGCCUUCGAGCGACAGCGGCUCUCGAUUGUCAUUCCGUGGCGAUAGCGAGGCGAGUUCGUUCGCCCAACGCGUCCGCGACAAGAUGCAAGCCGAGGAAGGUCGCGCUUUACAUCAUCGCUAUGAGGAAGAGACAUUGUCUCCCGGAGCUGAAGACGAUGAUGUCUCACCUCCCCCAGUCCUCCCAUCCCGGCAAGGUUUCACCGACCCACGCCAAACCGCCACCCCAGGACCUGCCUGCAUCAAACCAGCCGUUACCUCCCAGUCGCGAAGGCCAAGAGCCGCCACGCAGCGCCCAACCCCCAAGUUCUCCCUUCGAAAUAUUGCCAACCAAGUUGGCGAUACCGCAUUUUCUGAAUUCAAAGAGUAUAAUGCACGAUAUGAGGGUUCUAUUAAACUUGCAGCAGAGGAUGUUAAGCCAUUGGCAGAAACGUCGCUAGCAGAAUGGAUUCGGGCUGCGGUCUGGUGGUUUUUGCGAGGAAAGACACGAUUGGAAGCAUAUGCCCGUUCUCGUUCGACAUUGCCCCCUACUUACGCCAAACAGGCUGUGGUCGAUCUUGGAAAGGCAUUAUGGAUUAAUGAAAAUAUUGUGCCUAGUCAUCAUGAACUCUCUCGAUACGGUGCCAAAAGCGUUGAUGCCGUACUGGCUGUUGCGAGUACCACGGGGGACAAGGAGUUGGCUGAUCUUCUGAGCAUACAUCAUACCCUCAUCAAUCACCUCCGGUCGCUAUCCAUGUCCAUCAAACGAAAUAAUAUCCUCGCCUCGGUUGUCUCAGACGAAGGCUCUCCCACUCAGCUGGAUACUAGUAUCUGGCUGCGUUACCCUUUCUAUGCGCCCGAUGUCUCAGCGGUCUUAUCUGGCGCGGCGACGAGAUCAAUGCUGGUAGAUAACGCGGGCAAGAUACCAAGUUUGGUCCACAUGAUGCCUUUGGCUGACACAGCUCGAUACUUCAGCUAUGGUAGCAUGUUUGUGCAGGUCUGCGUUAGCUCCAGUGAUGAUGACGGGCAACAGCAAUAUGCCAUGCCCUGCGCAUUGACCAUCGUCCGCGAACGAGCGGAUUGGACCAACUUGGGAGGAUGUGGAUUGGCAAGUCCGGUCCCAUUCUAUGCGAGUCAAGCUCCCCGAGGAUUCGAGUUGGACGUCAUGUUCAAGGAAGACGAUUUCAAGACCCUUUGGAAUAUCGUCAAAUACACCCAGAAAUCGGAGAACAGUCUCCAUCCGGAGGCAGGCGAGACUGUGGUAUUUGAGAAUACUGUCAAGGUUUUCCAAUAUAUGGAUCCGGGCACACCAAAGGCAUUCCCUUCAGACCCGACAGAAAGAUGUCGACUCCGUUUGUUCGAGCGAUCUGUCACCGUGACAGAAGGCACUGGUACUCGCAAUGCGCAUCGGGGAUUCCGACUAGCUGUCCUGACUAGCCCGAAGGUCAAGACUUUGAGCAGCAUCCGCCAUACUUUGGGCAACGGGUCACCGAUAGUAUUCGGUCUCUUGCGAGGAGAGGACGGUGCUCCCGCUCUUCUUCUUAAAGUUACCGAGGACGGCCGUACGAGAUCCAUGCUGAUGACUUUCCACGAGGCCGCCGAGCGUACGAAAAUCCACUCCAUCCUACUCGGAAUGAUUCCACGGGAGGGAGAGAUCAAAUCGCCUGAAUUCGCCAUUCAGUCUUAUUGCAUUGAGCAGCCCGAAGAUCCAUUUACCGGCCAGCCCGCGGUCAAAUACCUCCAGUUCCCUGCUGGAAGCGUUUCCGUUAUUGAUCAGGAGCAUGCUUACGUCGACCACGGUUAUGGACCGACUAUUCUAUCGGAACAUUUGAGGGCAUUUGUUGCCACUGAAUGGGGCUCUGUCACCGAUCGCAUCAACUUGGGCCCCGGUGAAUUGAAAAUUGGAUUGGAUGUCCAGAGCAAGACGAGCAUGAGCUUGUUCCGCUCCGCGCAGCAGGAUUUGACCCUUUCGCUUGCUGAUAACCUCAUUCGCCCUGAACUGGCAGGACAAUUAACCGGCUUCCUUGAGAAACUUACGGCGAAGCCUAUGGUCCGCCGACUGGAGUUCCCUACCAUGCAGGAUCUUCAUGCCUUCGAGGCAGCCGUUACUGGGUUCCAGGUGCUUUACGAUGGUAUGGCUACAUCAUUCACCAUCUCCCGCCGACGGAGUAUGGUGCCCAUUUACAAGAAAUGGGAAGCUGCCCUGGCACGCGUCCAGAUCGUUCGACAAGAAAAGGUCGUUCAAAUGCUUGCUUUCUUUGGGGACUUCCAGCAUGGCACAUGUAUGAACUUUGUUCUAAAGGGCACUGAUAUCAUGGAGUCCUUUGGCCGGUCCGGCAAGUUCGGCAUUCGUAUGGUAGAUGCCAAAUUCGCACUGCCUAAGAAGGAUGAUGAUCCAGCUUCCAACUUUGUGUGCCUUGACAUGCCUGAGUAUCCCAUCGAACACGACGAUCUCACCGUUACCUUCGAUACAGAGGCUUCACGCGCAAGCUUCAAGGCAGCUCUUCCUGGGUCAGUGCGAGAACCAUCUCGCAUGGGCUCUAUCCGUCGAUAA